CUUCACCCUUCAAUUCUUGAUUAAGGAGAAAAAGGUGCUACAAAUUACUGCAAACCUUUUCAACUCGUGGAAUUGUGAAGAUGGAUCACGACAUGGACAUGGAUAUGGAAACGAGAGAGGAUGAAUCAAGGGAGCAGAUCAAUGAAGAAACUGAAGUUGAGAUAGACGAGUCAGAGGAGGCGAUAGUUGAGAGGUUGACCAAUGAUGACUAUGAAUUUUGGAAGAGUACCACUCCGUUUUUAUACAAUUUGGUUGCAUCUCAUAAAACUGAGUGGCCUUCACUCACUGUCGAGUGGCUUCCAGAUCGGGUAGAACCAUAUGACCGGGACUACUUGGUCCAAAGUAUGGUCCUCGGAACCCAUACUGCAGAUAAUAGACCUAAUUACCUUAUGCUUGCACGAGUGAUACUCCCUCUAUUUAAUGAUCGCUCAAAUGAAGUAGAGUUUGGUUCGGGCAGCAAGGUAGAAAUAGUACAACAAAUCACUCAUGAUGGAGAGGUGAACAGGGCUCGUUAUAUGCCUCAAAACUAUUUCAUUAUUGCCACCAAGACAAUCAGUUCCGAAGUCCAUCUGUUUGAUUAUAGGAAUCAUCCAUAUAAGCCUCAUCUUGAUGGAACGUCCAGUCCAGAUUUGAGAUUGAGGGGCCACAGCGAGGAGGGAUUUGGCUUAUCAUGGAGUAACUUCAGACAGGGUCUUUUAUUGAGUGGCUCUCGUGAUGCCAACAUCUGCUUGUGGGACAUUAAUGGGACCCCAAAGAAUAAAGCUCUGGAUGCUAUGCAAAUAUAUAAGGUUAAUGAAGAUGUUGUACAAGAUGUAGCAUGGCAUUCGAGGCAUGAAUCCUUAUUUGGUUCAUGUGGCGAUGACCGAAACUUGCACAUAUGGGAUAUCCGCUCUCCAUGUUUGAGCGUACCGGUCCAAAGUUUUCUGGCUCAUGAAAGUGAGAUGAACUGCUUAGCAUUCAAUCCUUUUAAUGAUUGGAUUGUGGCAACGGGGUCAAUAGACAAAACUGUGAAGUUGUUUGAUUUACGAAAAUUUACCACUACUCUCUAUACCCUUGAGAGUCACAAGCGUGGAGUGAAUCAGAUUGGGUGGAGUCCACAUCAUCCGGAAGUGUUAGCUUCUGGUUGUGAUGGUAAAAGAGUCAUGGUGUGGGAUCUUAGUAGGAUCAACCAGAGACAGACACCAUUAGAGGCGGAAGGUGGGCCACCGGAGUUGCUCUUUAUCCAUGGUGGCCAUACUGAUUCUGUUGUGGAUUUGUCAUGGAACCCAUGUGAAGACUGGACCAUUGCCAGUGUUGCAAAUGAUAAUAUGCUGCAAAUCUGGAAGCUGGCUGAACACAUCUACCAAUUUGUUGUGGAAACCAAUGAGCCUCCAGAGCAUGCUAAAGGUGGCUAAAACAGAUGCAAAUUAUAUAAAUAAACAUGGAGUCUUAAAAGUCUUCCUUUUCUAGCACAUGUUACUCUCAAACUUUGUGGUUGUUAUGGAGGAUACAAGUAAUAAAGUAACCAAACUUUGUGCUGCU